GAUUUGCAGAACCCAGCAAACGGCUACCUGGUCUCUGACAGCUUAGUGGUUGAAUUGUGCGUCAAGGCGCUGGUCUCGGCGCGCACCCAGCGCGUCGUGGUCCACCCCGGAAGGGCGGACAGCGGCGGUCCUGGCGGCUCGGGGCCCCGCCACGGGCUGUCCGACGACCUCGCGGCGCUCCUCGCGGGCGGGCAGGGGGCGGACGUGGAGGUCCACGGCAGUCUCGGCGAGGGUGGAGACGUGGUGCGCGCCCAUCGCAUCGUGAUGGCGGCGCGGUCCCCGGUCUUCAGCCGCAUGCUGCUGGCCUCGGACAACAGCAUGCUGUUGGCCUCGAACACCCGGGUCAACCUGGAGGGUGUGGACCACGCAGUCGCCGUCUCCUUCGUGAGGUUUCUCUAUACCAACGAACUGGACCCGGAGCUGAUGGAGGAUUCCAAUGCGCUGUGCCAUCUGCUCGCCCUGGCGCACCGAUACGAGGUCCGGUCCCUGUUGGACUGCUGCACCGCGCAGCUCGCCGUCAGCCUGACGGAGGAGUCUGCCGUGGAGCGGCUCAUCAUGGCCGAGCAGCUGGCGAUACCCGGGCUGAAGGACACCGACCACAUCAAGGACUACAUCUGCAGCGACCCGGCGCGCAUGGCACAGAUCCAGACCACGGAGGCGUUCCCGCGCAUGAGCAAGAGCUACCCGAGCCUGCUCAUGGAGCUGUUCGCGGAGGCCUUCCCGCCCGCGGCGAAGCGGGCCAGGUCGGCCAGAGCGCCGCAGGACCCGACGUAGAGCUGGAGGAGCCGCUGGCCGCCAGGGUCGUGGUGGUGCCGACCUCCCCUGCUCCUGCUCGUCUGGGCUCCCGCGGGCACCAUGCUCGGGGGCCUCUCACCGAUCCCGGGCUGGCCGCUCCGGGCCCAGGGUCGGUGCACGCGUCUCUCUCUGGCCGAGCGCGCAGGGCGUGCUGCGCACCGGCCCCGGGCCCAGGGCGGGCCCGGCCAGGACCGGCGAGGUGGCCCAGCCGACGCCCCCCGACAAGCCCUGCGCUGGUUUGCACCCGAGCCUGGGAGACCUCGGCCAGAGCUGGCGCGCCGCCCCGCCGCCUCGGCGCCAGGACUGGCGUGCCGUCCUGCCAGGGGGAGCGCCGCCCAGGCCGGAGGCGCCGUCCCGCCGAAUGGCGGGGGGGGGCCACGGCCCCGGCGGCGCACGCAGGGGCCGCGCCCCCUCCUGCGGUGGGGCCGGCUGCCGAUGGGGCAAGCCGCGGGAGUCGAGGCCCGAGGCAGGCGUCAUUCUCUCCCACCACCCGCUCCUCCACCACCUCCUUCUCCACCACCUCCUCCACCACCUCCUCC